AUGGACACCCCGAUGAUGAAAAGCCACGGGUCGACCGGGACGGGGGACGGGCCCCGCCUACAUCCGGAGACCGUCGCGACGGUGGCGGAUGAGGGGACUGCGGCGGCGGCAGUAGAUGCCGCUGGCCCGGGGCGGGGCAACGACAACAACCGUGCAAGAUUUUCCUCGUCGGGGAUCGGGGUGUCGCCGGGUACCGCCGGCGGCAAGAAGGACAACGGUGGUGGUGCGGCGGGCGCGGUGCUAACCGAGGAGGGAGGCGGGAAACCACCAAAACAACAGCGACAGGGGAGCGGCCCAGGCCCAAGCCUUCGCCGCCUCCCGAACCUCGACUUCGACACCCUGCGGCACUCCCUGGGCUUCCUCAGGGCUGCCGAACUCGCUCGCUUCGCGCUGGCGUCGACGGCGGCCCGCGCGGUAGUUUCGAGCCACGCGGCCGUGAUGAUCUGCGAGGGCUACUCCGAGAUCCGGCUCGGGGCGCGCGAGCCGAGCCUCAGCUCCUCCUCACGACGGCUGCUGCCCUUCGGCGGCCCCGCCGCAGCGGGAACCGGCGGCGGUGAUGAAGCCGGGAGUGGUGCCUCUUCCACAGGGGCAGCAGCUGCAGCAGCAGCCGCCUCCGCCGCCGGUCUCCCCUCUGACACCCACAACAACAAUAACAACAUCUCAAACAGUGAUCUGUUGGGCCAGGGAAGCGGCGGCAGGACGGUGAGGCCUUGGUCGGUUGACGAGGGGUCCCCUCGAGGGGGACCUGGGCAGGGCGGUGGGCCUGCGAAGGCGGCGAGGUACCGACGGAACGACCAGCACCUGGCGCUGCGGGCGCUGCACCACCUGGAAUGCUGCGGGGAUUUGCUCAUACGCCAGCUCAAGACGUUGCCGAGGUUGGAUAUUUUCCAGAGCCUGCAGAGCCGCGCGGUGCUAGGCCCGACCCAAUUCCUGACGGCUCACAUGCGGGCCGUGCUCGUGGACUGGUGUGUUGAGGUCGCCUGCCAGUUUCGGCUGUCUACGAUUGCUCUGCACGCGACGAUUUCUAGCCUGGACGUGUGUCUCACCAAGGUUGCCGUACCUAGGUGCAGGCUGCAGCUGCUCGGCGUCGUGUGCGCCAUGAUUCAGACCCAGGCUGGUGGUGGGUGCCAGGUGAUGAACACAUCCGAAGCCAUUCAUAUCUGCGACAGCCAGUACAACCCCUCGCAGGUCCACAGCACUUUCAACGUCGUCGUAAGCAUAACCCAGGAGGCGAUGGGGAGGGCCGUUCCAGCGACCGUUGCGGAGAUCCUCCACAGGCACCUGACAUCGAUGGGAGAGCCAUCGGGCCUCGACAUACCGCUGACGAUGGACUGGGAGGAGCACUCACACCCGAGAAUCCGUGAGGAGCAUAUCCUGGCCGGUCUGGUGGUCGACCUCUCUCUGCUGGACAACUUCCUGUUCCUCUUCAGACCAGGAACGGUGGCGGCAGCUGCAUUGUUCCUAGCUCGUGUCACCAGCAUGUACUAUGCCAAGGAGGGAAUGUGGGUGACCCCCUGUUCGGUGGUGGCCAAGAAAAACCGCGAGGUACUGCGCCUCUACGGCAAGGACGUCUGCAGGCCGUUCGUGAAGCCCAACAAGGACUUAGAGCUGCGCCCGUUCGGUGCGCCUGGCCUGGGAGAGUUCGUGGCUAGUCAGCCGGCGGAGGCUACGGCGGUGCGGAGGUGUGUGGAGCGGCUCUGGCUGGUGCAGAGAGACUUUUUCGAUCACUUGUCCGGUCGGCAAUCACCCCAGCACGUUCUGUUCCGCUACCAGCACAUGUUCAAGGGCAUCAAGGAGAAGUUCGUGCCCCAAGGAUCGAUCCGGCUGCAGGCCUACCAGAAGCUAGGACUUGUGCAAAGGGGGGAGCUCAACCGCAUGCUGGACGAGCACCUCCCGAGCACCGUCACCGUGGCGACGGUGGCGCCGGCUUUGACCUCCCGACCCUCUGCUGCUGCUAGAAAGGCGAGGUUGGAUGGUAUCUAGUACUCUGGAACUCGUGCUGUUGUAUCUUGGAAGACAUCGCAGUUCAGCAGCACCAGACUGUCACUGUACAUUUGUUAAGGGGCUGUUCUUCAGACGCUUUAAUGUAGUUCAGCGUUUCAUAAUGGUUGGUUAAGCGACAAGAUUUGAAGUUUCAAGAAUGUUAUAUUUGGUUUACUCUUCGUUCUGUGUAGAUCUAGACUGCCCUUGCGAUUUGUUGACCGUAAGGUUCUUGGACUUGUGAAGGAACGCCCGAUCCGGGCAACACUCACCGGCCACGCGGCACUGUUCGCAGUUGGAGAAGUCAAACCAAUGUGUGGUGCCAAGUGACAUUUCAGCGUGCGACAGGUGGAGAUUUGUUGGGGGGCUUUUCGUGAUUUUUUUCCCUCCCCGUCCUUCUUGAGCACUAGGAACCGUGGAGAGACGUGUACUGCGCUGCGUGUGUCUGAUUUCGUUGUUUUUGUGGACAAGAACUUGAAGUUGGGCAUAUGCCGGGCUACAGCAGUUGACAGGCGUGGGCAAAUUUUGUUUGAAGUAGAUUGGGUGAGAAUCCAUGGCGUGGAUGAAUGCUUGUUUACAUGGUGCUCCGGCGUUCGUGAGGCGGGAGAGUGCACAUGCGGUCGGCACGGGCGAGUUUUGCAUGGAUGCAUGCAUGCUGAUAUGUAUCGUUUGGGAUAGGCCACCUAUGGAUAUGUGUGCUUCUAGGCGACACGCGGGCAUCUCUCUCUGUCUCUCUGCCCUUAAAACUCUUGGCUGAUUGAUGGUGGUACGGAGCUGGCACUUGGUUGUUGUGGGAUUCGCGUGCGGAGGUAUCCACGGUGUAUCGAGGUGAAUGGACACAUGCGAGAUUGGAUCUGGGUUCUUGAGGGAUUGCUACGCGUGUUUCAACCUGUGAGGGAGGUGCGAGGGGAUGUGAAUGUUGCGCGUUUUUUUGUUUCGCCUGUUUUUUUAAGUGAAACGGGGGUUGGAAUAGGAAUGCUGUGAU